AAUGAAUUUUGAAACUUAUCUGUGAUUUAAAAUGACUCAUGUUUCCAAGGUGCCCAGCAGCACCGUUGGACUCGAAUAGUUCUGGAACGCCAGAGGGAGUUCCCAAGUCAACCAACUGCAAGAAUGUGACAAAAUGUCAUUCAGGAAAAUCGUCGAACACUUUGGGUUCCAUCGAACCACACUCUCUUUCUUCCACUUCCACCGCUUAUCGCGUCCAUUUUCCUCUCAUUCCCCUCAACCCCAUCACCAAGGAAACCAGAACCCAGACCCGCACUCUCUAUUGAAACAAGACCCAAUCGAAAUUUGCACUUCUCUAUGGGUCAAAACCUUCUCCUCUCCGCCAAACACCUCGUUCCCCAACCUCACCGGCUUCCUCUCCAACUUCGAUCUCUGGCUCUUAGCUUACCAACGCUCAUGUGCCCACGCCACCGGCACUUUCCCUCCGCGUAACGCCGUCGGCACCCCCGUUCUCCACUCCCUGCUCUCCCUCCGUAAUGCCGUAAUCCGCAACCGUUUCGAAUGGAACAACAAAACGAAUCCUCUCCUUCGUGCUCCCAACGACGCCGCCCUUUCAAAGCCCCUCUCUAAACGCAGACUCCAAGCUGCUAUCAAAUCCGACGCGUCCUGCUUCCAGGACCGCGUUGUUCAGGAGGUGCUACUCAUGAUUCUCGAACCGGUUUUUGAACCCCGGUUCUCCCCCAAAUCGCAUGCUUUUCGACCUGGUCGAAAUGCCCACACGGUUAUUCGCACCAUUCGGAGUAACUUCGCAGGGUACUUGUGGUUCCUCAAAGGGGAUUUGUCCGAGAUUUUGAACCACGUGGAUCCACAUGUAGUAAUGUGUUCCCUUGAAAAGGGUACCAGGGAUAAGAAAAUUCUGGGGUUGAUAAAAUCUGCGCUUGAGCGGGUAAAAUUGCGUAGUGUAUCGCGCAAGGAAGAGAACGUCGAGGAGUUGAUUAGACUUAAGAAGAGAAGGGCUACGAAGAAGAGGAUUCUAAAAGAGAAUGAGCCGAAACCUGAUCCUUAUUGGUUGAGAACGUUUUUUAGUUUUGCUCCUGAGGAGGCUGCCAAGGUACCUAAUUAUGGCCAUUGUGGAAUUUUAAGUCCUUUGCUUGCUAAUGUUUGUCUUAAUGAGUUCGAUUGUUGGAUGGAGAAAAGGAUUGUUGAGUUUUUUAGGCCUAGUGAGUUUGAUUCCAUAUGGAAGUAUUCGAUUGAUGAUGGGUGUCAUAACCCGGCAUGGCCUGAGUUUGUUCCAUCGAGUGGGAAGGAAAAGACUAGGAAGAUGGAUUACAUUAGAUAUGGGGGGCAUUUUUUGAUUGGGAUUCGAGGGCCUAGAGAGGAUGCUGUGGAAUUGAGGAAGAAGAUUGUUGCAUUUUGUGAGAGUGUGUUUGGGGUGAGGUUGGAUAAUUCCAUGUUGGAGAUUGAACAUAUUACUAGGGGGAUACGGUUCUUGGAUCAUAUAAUAUGCCGGAGGGUGAUACACCCUACCUUGCGUUACACGGGUUCUGGAGGGAACAUUGUGAGUGAAAAGGGGGUGGGGACUUUGCUUUCUGUUACUGCUAGCUUGCAGCAAUGCAUUCGCCAGUUUAGGAGGCUUGAGCUUGUUAAGGGUGAUAAGGACCCCGAGCCACUUCCGUGCAAUCCUAUGUUGUACUCGGGUCAAGCUCACACAAAUUCUCAAAUGAACAAGUUCCUUGAGACCAUGGCUGAUUGGUAUAGGUAUGCUGACAAUCGCAAAAAGGUUGUUGGCUUUUGUGCCUAUGUUGUCCGGAGCUCAUUGGCCAAAUUGUAUGCUGCUAGGUAUAGGCUGAAGUCCCGAGCCAAGGUGUAUGGAAUAGCUUCACGAAAUCUCAGCCGUCCUCUGAGAGAGAGCAGCAACAAUUCUGCACCUGAAUAUUCAGAUCUUUUGAGGAUGGGGCUGGUUGAUGCAAUUGAAGGUGUUCAGUUUUCGCACAUGUCUUUGAUUCCAUCUUGUGAUUAUACUCCAUUCCCAAGGAAUUGGACCCCGGAUCAUGAGAGGCUGUUGCAUGAGUAUAUAAAACUUGAAAAUCCCAAGUUUUUCUGUGAGUUGCUCAGAUCUGUUAAGCAAAAAGGUUUAAAUCUGCCUCAAGAUGAAAUAUCACAAAUGGUAUGGAACUACAAAACUCUAGGAGUUUGUUAUUUUCGAUCUAACGAGGAUAACAAAUUAAAAUCUGAUUUUAAGGAGAUAACUGAGUAAACCUAAAAUAAAUGGAAUCUUCUCAAUACCAAGGUUCUGCUUCCAAAUUGGUGUGAUCUGGUAGAAAAUUGGUUGAGUGCAUUGCCGAGCCUUUUGUUUUCGAGUACUUCAGGGUGAAAAUCCUUCAAAUACCAUUAUCACGAGAAAUGGUAGUCCGUGUUGACAUUAUGUACAUGAAAGGCAGAAUACUCCCAUUGGAUGGGUGCGGGACUCGGAUAGCAACAUUGUAAUUAACUACUGAGUACUGACAAUUUGUAACAUAGCAAAAGGUACAAACAAUUUUUUUAACAUUGUUGAAUUGUUGGCAAAUGGUGAAGUUAAGAUUCAUCGAGGUCGUGGAUUUAACAUGAAAUUAUGAAUUGAGGAAGAUAUUGUUCAUUAUAUUAAUAAAUAUUCUUUUGCUGGUUAUGUCUCCAUGUAAGCACUGCUUGCAAACUUCUAUCUGAUUAUGUAUGUGCUGAAUGUUUGCAUGUGGAUUUCCAGUGAUAUUAAAGAAUUUAGCUUGGGAUAUUCAGAGUUAGAUGGUCUUUUAUGGAAUACAAAGAGGAAAUUCCACGUACUAAUACAUUUUAGAUACUUGCUAGAGAGUGGAGACUAUUCAUGACAUGAAGGAACGUUGAUGAUUGAUAUACAUACAACUUGAGGGAAGUAAAGUUUUCAAGGUAUGAUGUUUAUCAUUCAGUGUACCACUUUUCCAGGAGCUUCCAGUUAGAUCCAUCCCAACUGUGGUAGAAACCGUCCUUUCUUAUUGACCAAUAAACUGUUUGGUGGCCUUUGUCUCUCUUGGCAUGGUACACGUCCCAAGUGGUGAACGACGGCAACCACUCAGCCGUGCAUUUGGAAUCUUGAUCCUCUGUGAUAGUGCUGUUGCGGUGAUGGCAUAGUUUGAGAUAAAUGAAAGGACUUUUGUCGCAGCCAAGUUCCAAUUGCACCUUGGUGUUGUUGGGUAGGUCAUUUCUUAUGUCAACUACUGCGUUCGGCCCGUGACUCUGAGGCCAGGCAAGUGUUGGUGUGGUCAGAAAAUAGAACGAUAGAAAGAGUAGAAAGAAGGCGAAGAAGGGGUGGAAAAAACCCAUGAUGAUUGUAUCGCGUUGAUGGUGGAGUUGGUCUUAAUAGAGAGGGUGGAAACGUAUUAUUUUGUUGGGGUCUACAGUUCACACAAUUCCCGGUUGGUGUACCUUUAUCAAAAAAAGGUGAAUGGUUCACGGUUCCUCCAUUUUAGGAAAACCAUCAUGAUUUGUGCAAGACAAGAUUAGAAACCAGCCUGGACUAUCAAUCAAAUUCAAUAUUUAAGGUUUACGUCAUAUUCAUCCAAGGUUUAUAUAGUUGGGUUGAAUUAAUGACAACAAUAUUUUUCUCUGUCAA